AAGUCUUGGUGCUGAGAACCUCUUUAAAUAGACAUUUUUUUUGCACUCACAGUAGCCUAUAUACAGUUAUGCCGCCUGGUCUAUCUCAAACAUCAGCAUUUUACAACAUUUUAUUUAACCUUUAAUUGAGCAGGGAGUCCCAUUGAGAUCAAGGUCUCUUUUGCAAGGGAGCCCUGCAUAAGAUACCUUAUCUGGUAUUCAGAUAAGAAUAGGUAGACAGUAUUGAAAAAGAAGUCAGGAAACUAUUUGUUGCACUUUUAGACCUUCUAGCUGAACUCAGAGGUGGGGGUUGCCUGCAGGUCAAGUACGGAGGUGAGAUUGUACAAAGAGCAGUUAUUUCAGACGGGGGACUGUGCGCUGCAGACUGCAGUACAUCGCCACCAGAACCAAACAAGCAGAACCUGCGAGGACCAACCAACUGCAAAUAGAAACUCCAGUUUUCACUCCAGAAGGAGACAUUUAAAGGGAUUUUUCUUUAACUGUCAUUAAGACUUAAUGUCACGCCAAAAAAAACGUUAAAAGGGACCAACAAGCCAGCUUCUCUGCGCUGAGACCGAACCCAGGCGAGCAGUCCCCGAUGAGGCUGGAGGCCGCGGCAAGGAUGGACCUUAUCAAGAAGCUAUGGAGAGCACGCAAACUGAUCCUGGUGGUGCUGAUCCCGCUGUCGCUGCUGCCGCUGCCCCUCAUCCACCCCACCAGCGAGGCCUGUUGUGCGUACGUGUUGAUAGUGACAGCAGUGUACUGGGUGUCAGAGGCUGUACCCCUGGGAGCUGCUGCCCUCGUACCAGCCUUCCUAUACCCACUGUUCGGAGUGCUCAAGUCCAGCGAGGUAGCUGCAGAGUACUGUAAGGACACCACUCUGCUCCUGAUGGGGGUGAUCUGUCUGGCGGCCUCCAUAGAGAAAUGGAACCUCCACAAACGCAUCGCUUUACGCAUGGUCAUGAUCGCUGGAGCCAAACCUGGCAUGUUGGUGCUGGGUUUCAUGUGCUGUACGGUCUUCCUGUCCAUGUGGCUCAGUAACACCUCCACUACUGCCAUGGUGAUGCCCAUCGCUGAGGCCGUCCUGCAGCAGCUCAUCAGCACCGGCGUGGCCGACACCCAGGAAGACUCCGAAACCGUCGAGGCCACCGAGGACGACUGCCUCAGCGACAAGGAAGAGAAUCUAGAUAAGAACCAACUCGAGCUGUAUCGCAGAGACAGCUGUGUGAAGCAGGAGCUCUGCACUCUGACUGAGUUGCCGACUGUGGAGACUAACGGGACUGGUAGGAAGGCCAGUAAGGCCAGUCUGGGCCAGAUGUCCCUAAAGCAGACCAACGGACACCUGCCUUCGACAGCAAUCAGCAUCCCAGAGCCUAAGAAGGAGAAGGAGAGCAAGGACUCUCGCUACCCCACUAAGAGAGAUCAUAUGAUCUGUAAAUGUCUGUCUCUCAGCAUCACGUACGCAGCCACCAUCGGAGGCCUCAUCACCAUCACCGGCACCUCCACCAACCUUAUCUUCGCUGAACAGUUCAACAAUCGCUACCCGGAUGCGAAGGUGAUCAACUUUGGGACCUGGUUCAUCUUCAGUUUCCCCAUCGCGAUCAUCAUGCUGCUGCUGACCUGGGUCUGGCUGCACUUCCUCUUCCUCGGCUGCAAUUUCAGGGAGACAUGCUCGUUGAGUAAAAAGCGUAAGACAAGGAGAGAGAUGCUGUCAGAGAGGAAGAUCCACGACGAGUACAUAAAGCUUGGGCCCAUCAGCUAUCCAGAGGUGGUGACAGGAGUGUUCUUCAUCCUGAUGACUCUGCUGUGGUUCACCAGAGAACCCGGCUUCGUACCCGGGUGGACGUCGCUGUUCGAGAAGAAAGGCUACAGGACUGACGCCACUGUCUCUGUGCUGCUGGGCUUCCUGCUCUUCCUCAUCCCGGCCCGCCGGCCCUUCUCUCGGGCCCCCAGAACCACAGCAGGGGACGGCUCCGCAGAAAGAGACCCAGACCCCCUGGCCCCCAUGAUCACCUGGAAGGACUUCCAGAAUCUCAUGCCCUGGGAGAUCGUCAUCCUUGUGGGUGGGGGCUACGCCUUGGCUGCUGGCUGCAAGGUGUCAGGGCUGAGUGUGUGGAUUGGCAGACAGCUGGAGCCGAUGAGUGGUCUCCCCCCGUGGAUGGUCACGCUGCUGGCCUGCCUGCUCGUCUCCGCGGUUACAGAGUUCGCCAGCAACCCCGCCACUCUCACCGUGUUCCUACCUAUCCUUUCUGCUCUGUCGGAGACCCUGCAGAUCAACCCUCUCCACACACUCAUCCCCGCCACCAUGUGUGUGUCAUUUGGGGUCAUGCUGCCCGUCGGGAACCCCCCCAACGCCAUAGUGUUCAGUUACGGACACGUGCAGAUCAGCGACAUGGUGAAGGCAGGUUUUGGGGUGAAUCUGAUUGGUGUUCUAGUGGUGAUGCUGGCCAUAAUGACCUGGGGCGUGCCCCUCUUCAACCUGACUGAGUUCCCAGAAUGGGCCAUCGACAGGAACGUCACUGGCAGCUUAUAACCACGCGGGGGCGCGAGAGUGCAGACAGUCACAGAGAGAGAGAGGCAGAGAGCGGAAGAAUGCAGAAGACGUCUCUAAACAGAGACACUCGCCGUCUCUUUUACUGUAUAUGCCAAAUUGAAAGGGACUGAGGCUUAUUCCUUCAGCCGGGCUGGUAACGUCUGAGAAUCGUGCAGGUUGGGGAAGACUGAGUGGAAGAAGCACCACAAGGGAGGAGACGCAGAGGCUGCAUUUUCAUAGGCAGCCCAAUUCAGAUUUUUUUUUUUUUUAACCACUAAUUGGUAUUUUGACCAAUCAAGAUCAGAUAUUUUGCCAGUAAUUGCACAAAAUAUCUGAAUUGGGUUGCCUGUGUAAAUGCAGCCAAAGUAGCAUGGAAUAGACUCGGACUCCAGUCAAUGGUUCAUAUUGCCUUUUACUCCAUAUUACUGUAUGUUGCUGUAAAUGUUAUUCUUUAUAGAUGUUCUAAUCUCUCCAGCCCAUAGCCCACCAAAAAAACAUUGAUUCACACAUGACUACGAGACACAGCAUACUGUAUGUCACACAUAAUAUUCCUAUAGGUUUAGCUAGCACAAUAACCACAAAAACAGUAUUCUAUGCAUAUGACACUGCUAAUUAGAAUUAUACUCUAUAUUUACAGUAGUAUACAAUCUUCAUGGUGUUACAUACUGGGUCCCUACUGUUAGUGUGCUGAAAUACCCUAUAUAGUACACUACUAUUGACCAGAGCCAUAAAGAAUAGGGUGUCAAGACAUAAUAGAAACCAGAGAACUGCAGAGUGAAGUGCCUCUCCAAUCAAUCAUGAGAGCUGUCUGUCGCUAUGACUACAGAGCAAAGUGUACAUAAUUGUAGACCAUAUGACUUGUAUAAAAUGCUUUAUAUUUUUUGGAACCAAUUGACAUGUAAUUGUGUGCCUUUUUUUGUACUUCAUUCACUGUUGUCAUGAGAAUGUCGGCCUACACAGAAUGUAUGCACGUUAAGCAAUCUAAAUCCUACAUCUCUGUUUAGAAUUUAUUCAAAGUUGCACAAGUUCAUACGUCGAUGUGGUUUUAGAAGAUGGAUCUAGAACCUUUUGUAAAUACAUGACAACUUGUAAUAUAAAAGAUGUGCCUUGUGUCAAACCAAUCCAAUGAAGUGUAACAUUCAUGAAUAACAUUAACGCAGUUGCUCCACUCGUAUUCAACUCACUCAGAAUAGGCCUAGAUACAUGGAAAUGAAACCAAUGUUAUAAAACAAUAAUGAACUCAUGACUCAUCUUUAUUUAACACAACAAAUCACACACACAUACUGUCCCGGUCUAUUCAGAAAUAAAGACUAUCUGCAUCCAU